CUUAGCACCCAGCUCGCUUCCCUCCCGGGCCGGGGCGCGAUGUACGACUGCAUGGAAACGUUCGCCCCGGGCCCGCAGCGGCUGUACGGGGCGGCCGGGCCCGUGGUGGGCUUCCUGCGCAGACCCACGGGCAGCCCCUGUUUCUCCGGACUGGAGUCCUUCGCCUGGCCGCAGCCCGCCAGCCUGCCAUCGGUGGAGACUCAGAGCACCAGCUCAGAGGAGAUGGUGCCCAGCUCGCCCUCGCCGCCUCCUCCUCCUCGGGUCUACAAGCCAUGUUUUGUGUGCAAUGACAAGUCCUCUGGCUAUCACUACGGGGUCAGCUCUUGUGAAGGCUGUAAGGGCUUCUUCCGCCGCAGCAUCCAGAAGAACAUGGUAUACACAUGUCACCGCGACAAAAACUGUAUCAUCAACAAGGUGACUCGGAACCGCUGCCAGUACUGCCGCUUACAGAAGUGCUUUGAAGUGGGCAUGUCCAAGGAAGCUGUGCGUAACGAUCGGAACAAGAAGAAGAAAGAGGUGAAGGAGGAAGUAUCCCUUGACAGCUAUGAACUGAGUCCCCAGCUCGAAGAGCUCAUCACCAAGGUCAGCAAAGCCCACCAGGAGACCUUCCCCUCACUCUGCCAGCUGGGCAAAUACACUACGAACUCCAGUGCGGACCACCGGGUGCAGCUGGACCUGGGACUGUGGGACAAGUUCAGUGAGCUGGCCACCAAGUGCAUCAUCAAAAUCGUCGAGUUCGCCAAGCGGCUGCCCGGCUUCACAGGGCUCAGCAUUGCUGACCAGAUCACUUUGCUCAAGGCGGCCUGCCUAGACAUUUUGAUGCUGCGGAUCUGCACAAGGUACACCCCUGAGCAGGACACGAUGACCUUCUCCGACGGGCUGACCCUGAACCGGACCCAAAUGCACAAUGCUGGCUUCGGGCCCCUCACAGACCUUGUAUUUGCCUUUGCCGGGCAGCUUCUGCCACUGGAGAUGGAUGACACCGAGACAGGGCUGCUCAGCGCCAUCUGCCUCAUCUGCGGAGACCGAAUGGACCUGGAGGAACCUGAAAAAGUGGACAAGCUGCAGGAGCCCCUGCUGGAAGCCCUGAGGUUAUACGCCCGGCGCAGGCGGCCCAGUCAGCCCUACAUGUUCCCAAGGAUGCUCAUGAAGAUCACUGAUCUCCGUGGCAUCAGCACCAAGGGAGCAGAAAGGGCCAUUACGCUGAAAAUGGAGAUUCCAGGCCCGAUGCCUCCCCUGAUUCGAGAGAUGCUGGAGAACCCCGAAAUGUUUGAGGACGACUCCUCGCAGCCUGGUGCCCAUGCCAAGACUGCUAGUGAGGAUGAGGCUCCCAGGAGUCAGGGCACAGACAGCAGCAGCCCAAAGCCCGACCAGGGCCCCUGACUGCCCCUGCGGUGGAGGAGGACCAGCUCUGCCGUCCCCCAUUCUGACGAGCUCCUUGUUUUUGCCAAAGUUUCCAGGGGCGCCUGCCUCUGUGUUCAUCCCCUUCCUGUUCUCAUCGGCUCCCUUUCCAGUGUUGGGGGCCUCCAGGCUCCCACGAGGAGAGACGAUAGAGGGGUGAGCCUGGGUUUGGACUGGAAAACCUCAGCACCACCCCUCAGAUACUAGGGUCCUAGGCUCCCUAGGGCAGGAGGAAGACCCCUGACUUUCCACAGCCCCUUCCUUUGCCUGGUGCUUAGGCCUCCGGGAGCAAACAGGAACACUAGAGACCAAAGGGGAUCCAGGGGGAGGGCUGAGCCCAUCCUCUUGUCCCUACCCUUGGUGCCUAAUGCUGCAUAAUGCACCUACCAGAGCACGUGGGUGGCCCUCUGCCCCAGCCUGUGUCAGGUGGGGAGGGCCCUUCAUUUCGGGGAGUGGGGCAGAGGGAGAAAGAGACGGAUGCAGCCCUCACUGCACCUCUGCUUGGGCCGAGCUUACUUUGUGUGCCCUCCGUUAUAAGCGCCCCAACCCUGUCAUGUGCCUUGGGCUCCCCCUGCCUCCCAUCUCAGCCAUUGGGGCGGGGGCCCUCGAACACUACAGAAGGGCCAGGGGACCCUCUCCCACUAGUGCCUUUCCCCUUGACCCCCAGAGCAGUUUGGCCCAGGGAGGGGGAGUGGGCGCUGCUUAGCUGAUUCUGCCCUGGCCCAGAGGAAGCUCUAUUUAUUUAUUAGCUUUUGUUUACACCCUGGAAUUGACCCCUUCCUCCAGGGGUUUUGGGAGGGGAGCCCAGGGCCCCUGCCCCCCUUCCCCGUUCAAUUCCCAGUUUGUAUUUAGCUGCCAAAUAAGGUUCCCACUGGCUCCCCUUUUUCUCGGGGGGGUCAGGGUGCUGUCCCCUCCCCUCUGUUUACAUCUUCCUUCCACCCCGCUGUAUUGCAUAUUGCUGAGUUUUCUAUUUUUGCAAAAUAAAGUUAUGGAAACUC